GGCUCUCCACUGUUCUGCGCAUGCGCGCUUACCGCCCAAUCGAAGGCCGUCGCGUGGGGCGUCCUCGCGGAGGUGGCAGUUCGGCGUUGCCAUGGCAGCGGCUGCGGGGACCUGGACCUUCUCCUUCCCUGCUUUGCAGAGGAUGAAGGGGCUCUUGCUUCAGGGAGCUCUAGCGACUGACUGUCUGGAGGAGGCUAUGGCAGACAUUGAGAAUGAUGAAGUGACAGGAAGCUUUGUAGUAGGACGAGGAGGCUACCCAAACAAAGAUGGUAUAAUUCAAUGUGAUGCAGCAAUAAUGGAAGGACAGCCUGGUCGUUUUGGAGCUGUAGCAGCUUUGCAUGGAAUUGGAACUCCACUUGCAGUAGCACGAAAGGUCAUGGAAGAAUCUCCCCAUAGCUUUCUAGUUGGAGAUGGGGCUGUGGCUUUUGCAAAAGACCAAGGCUUUACUGUGGAAGAUAAUGGACGUAUGAUGAGUACCCACAGUACUGAAGCUUAUCAGGAAUAUUUAGAAAAGGGAAAGACUGUGAAGAAACACGAUACACUGGGUUUGAUUGCCUUGGAUGUCUGUAGAAAUAUAACAGCUGGGGUUUCUACUUCUGGAGCUCCUUUCAAAUAUCCUGGAAGAGUAGGAGAUUCUCCUUUGCCAGGUUGUGGGCUAUAUGCUGAUAAAGAGGUAGGAGCUGCAGCAGCUACUGGUGAUGGAGACAUGAUCAUGUGCUUCAGUCCUUGUUUUCAUGUAAUCCUAUUAAUGAAACAGGGCUUGUCUCCUAUGGAUGCAUGCCAGAAUGUUGUCCAGGAUAUCCUCCGGCGAAUGGGAAAGGAAAAUACGUUUGAACUUGGAAUAAUUGCAAUGAAUAUGAAGGGGGAAGUUGGAGCUGCUUCAUCAAUGUCAUUCCCAUAUUGCGUCUGGUCUCAGGGAAAGGAGUCUGUAGAACAACUUGAUGCAACAAUAACAGCUUGACAUAAUCAAAGGAUUCUUCAGAGCUAUUUCCAUUCUAGUCUUUUGAUAGUUCAUUUUCCUGUAUAAAGUUUGUGGGGUGGUAUGUUCACAGAUUUUCUUCAGGUUUGCAUUCCUCAACACAAACAAGGCCAAACUAGAACACAGUGCAUGAAAGUGUGUAAUUUUAUCUUAUCCAUCUUUUUUUAAAGCAGCUCAGUGUGUGGCAGGAUUACAACCACUGUGCAAUGAGAGAGGUGUUUAACCUUGUUGCCCUUCACUGUGGACCGGAUGAAAAUAUCUUUGUGUGUGUGUCUCCUUCUUUUCAUCCAUUCCCCCCUUCCAUACACAGCCCAGUUGCUUUUUUUCUGAGACAGACAAACACCAUUUCUGAGCUGAUUGGCAGCCUCUGUUUUGAUGUGGCUACUGAAAAAUAGAUCUAUAAGUAGAUCUAAUAAUAUGAGAAGGGAGGGACUAGAGUGUAUUUUUCUUCUUCAACAUGUAUAUUAUAUUAACAAUAUGUUUCUGAAUGUUUUUUAAGAAGGCAAAAUUAUGUUUUCUCUCAAAUACUUAUUAAAAUACAUAAAAUCAUGUAAAAUUGUUUUUCACGCUGAUAGCAGGACUUCACUGUUCAAGAAUUAAUGAAAGCAAGUAUUGUAAAGAUUAGGGGAAACAACUUUUAUAUUGAUAAACUGCAAUGCUGUUACUCAAAAGCCCAGUUGUCCUGGUAUUUUUGUAUAUUCCAUACACCUUGAAUCUCUUGUUUGUCACAAAAGUUUGACUGAGCAAUACAAGCAAAAGAGCUACAAUUUGUACUUGCUGUCUUCUAACCUUUUUUAAUAAUCUGGAACUCACAAGCACCACAUAAACAUGAUCUCUGGGACUUGCAAAUGUUUCUCUAAUGCAGUGAUUCCCAAACUUUGGUCCUCCAGGUGUUUUGGACGUCAGCUCCCAGAAUUCUUGACAGUUGGCCAAGCUGACUGGGGCUUCCGGGAGUAGAAGUCCAAAACACCUGGAAGACCAAAGUUUGGGAACCACUACCCUAAUGAUUGAACUACUUUCCUAAUCCACAAAUGUUACCUCAUUUGGCAGCUAUAACUUUUCUCACAUACUUAAUGAUCUAAAAGUGCUGAUCCAAGCUUAAUUGGGCUACUCUAAUAAACUCUGCCAUUCUGUAACAAUACUGUCUACAUUGAAGCUGCCUGGUUUUUGGGGGGAAGUUGUAAUAACUUGUUCUUUAUUCCAAGCCUUAGUCUGUGGUUAAUAAUUAACAUCUUCUUGCUACAAAUGUGGAGUACAACUUCCCAUGGGAUGUCUUAUCUCUGGGCCAUAGAUGAAUUCUUAUGUACAUCAACCAGUUACACAUGUAUAUGCCAGUGUCAGAGAACAUAUAUAAUGGUGACAAUAUCCUUUAGCUACAGUAGGUUUUUUUUUAAGUUACUAGUUUCAUUCACUCUUGGAUACAUAACAGAAUAUGCAAAACUGUAUUACAGAUGAUAUAUCUCUAAUAACUAUACAGCAUAGUGAUGAUGUUAUUGUCCAUUCUGAGUUGCUGACUUCACAUCAGUUGUGCAACCCUGUGCAGAUUUUGACCCUUGGCACUAGCACUGAUAGUUGUGCCACAUAGGAGCCAGUCAACUGCUGGCUUGGCUUAUAGUAAUCAUGCCUUAAUCAAAUAAUCAUGUUCUUGGCAGCAUUUGUAUGGCAAAGGUAGCUCCCAUAUCUUUUCUUUCUUCUGGUCUUUUCAGUAAUUAUUGAAUGCAUAUGUUAAAUAUAUUGUAUUU